UCAAACCAAAACUCUCCUUCUAAGUUCUACUGGUUCAAUUAAGUGAGAAAAGACAGUGCACAUUUAUAUAUUUAUGUCAAUAGAUUGUCGAGUUUCUUCAAGUAGGCCAAUGCCACCUCCUAAUAAUCCUUCUUUGCAGACAACAAAGGAUGAACAUCAGCCUUUUGUUUUUGAUGCAUCAGUUCUUCAAUUUCAAUCCACCAUACCUUCAGAGUUUGUAUGGCCUGACCAUGAGAAACCAAGCCUUGAACCUUCAGAAUUGGUGAUUCCUCCUAUUGACUUGGGGGAUUUCCUCUCUGGAGAACCUCUUGCCAUCUCAAAAACAUCAUGUCUUGUCAAUGAGGCAUGCAAGAAACAUGGAUUCUUUCCGGUCGUAAAUCAUGGUGUUGAUUUAAGCCUCAUAAAAAAGGCUCAUCAGUACAUGGACUUUUUCUUUGGCAUGCAAAUCUCUCAGAAGCAAAAGGUUCAAAGACGGAUUGGAGAACACUGUGGAUAUGCUAGUAGCUUCACUGGUAGGUUCUCUUCUAAACUUCCAUGGAAAGAAACACUUUCUUUUCGAUACUGCGCUGACAAACAGUCCUCAAACAUCGUGGAAGAAUAUUUCUCCAACACAAUGGGCGAAGAUUUCAGGCAAUUCGGAAAGGUGUACCAAGAAUAUUGUGAGGCCGUGAGUAAUCUCUCCCUUGGGAUUAUGGAGUUGUUGGGAACUAGUCUAGGCGUUGGGCGAGCAUACUUUAAGGAAUUCUUUCAAGGAAAUGAUUCGAUAAUGAGACUGAAUUACUAUCCCCCUUGCCAAAAACCUAAUUUGACUCUAGGAACUGGACCUCACUGUGAUCCCACCUCGUUAACAAUCCUUCAUCAGGACCAAGUGGGUGGACUUCAAGUGUUUGUGGAUGGAAAAUGGCAGUCCAUUACUCCUAACCCAGAAGCUUUCGUUGUUAACAUUGGCGACACGUUCAUGGCUCUAUCAAAUGGCAUUUACAAGAGUUGCUUGCAUAGAGCGGUGGUAAAUAAUAAAACUGUGAGGAAAUCUCUUGCUUUCUUUCUAUGUCCAAAGAUGGACAAGGUGGUGACACCCCCAAGCAGUUUGGUUGAUGCUAAUAAUCCAAGGAUGUAUCCGGACUUCGUAUGGCCCAAUUUACUGGAAUUUACGCAGAAAUAUUAUCGAGCCGACAUGAAAACUCUUGAUGCUUUCUCGCACUGGCUUCAUGAUCAGCAGCAAGUAUUAAGAGGAUAAACACAAAAAUUUAAGGGUUAUAUUACCGUUAAUGAGUUAACGUGUUUAUUAAUUAUCUGUUUGAGGACCACAUAUGAAUAUGAAGGGAGAGAUAUAUAAUGUGAAAAGGUAGAGGACUAAGAGGCUUGGUGUUGGUGGUUAUAUUAUCAAUGGUGAAAAUACUAAAAGAAAAGGCAACAGAAACACCAAAAAGAGAGGUCAGUUUCUGUAAUUAUCUGUUAGUGGGUUAGUGUUGGAGAAUCAUAUAUGAAAGAACCAUAUUUAGGAAUAAUUAAAGAGCUGAAUGCAUGGGCUCCAUAGCGGUUCAUAUUUUAAUGCUGUUUUAAUACAAAAAUGGGUACUCGGCGUACUUUUGUUUCUGUCCACCAGCAAAAUUUCUAGGCUCCUCUCCUCUCCCUUUACGUACAAUAUAUUCUGCAUGUAAAGUCUUUUCUUUUACGAAUAUAUAUAUCUAUAAAUUUUA